GCGACCACUUUGUCCGGUCGUGCGGGGUGUAGUCUGCGUGCUGACGUCACGACACCGUGUCUAUAUAAGGUGAAGAAGUAGCGCUGUUGCUCCUUUCCAUCUCGGCCCUGAGGCGGGAAUGGCGCCGAAGAAGUCGGCUGUGCACCUCAAGGCCAAGAAGAAGCCAGUCUGGAAAUUCACCCUCAACCUCUCCAACCCAGUAGAAGAUGGCAUCCUUGACUGCAGCAACUUUGAGCAGUUUCUGCGGGAGAAAGUGAAGGUUGGUGGGAAGACUGGAAACUUGGGCAAUGUUGUCCAGAUUGAGAGCCUGAAAAACAAGAUCACUGUCACGUCAGCUAAAAAGUUCUCCAAAAGCAUAUUGCCACUGUACCCCGCUUCGCAGGAGAUAUGAAGCUGUUGGCUUGAUUGUGGAGUCCUAUGCCACCUGAGCUUUGGUUGAUCUCAGUGCCUCGAGGUAAAGUGCAGAUGGUUGUUAGUA